AAUCCCCAAUCUAAGCAUCUGAAUCAAAAUCUCGGAGAUGGCGACGGUUCUAGAGCAACUGAUAUGGGAGAUAAUGAAGAAGAACAACUCUUUUUUGGUGAAGGAGUUCGGGAGGAGUCAUGACGGCGUGCGGUUCACCAAGGAGCCCAACAACCUCCUCAAUCUCCACUCCUACAAGCACUCUGGGUUGGCAAACAAGAAAACCGUGACCAUUCAAGGUGUGGGCAAAGAUCAAUCUGUGCUGUUGGCAAACAAGAAAACCGUGACCAUUCAGGGUGUGGGCAAAGAUCAAUCUGUGCUGCUGGCGACAAGUAAGUCCAAGAAGCAGAACAAGCCCGCUGCUAUGUUGCAUAAGUUUGUGAUGAAGCAAGAGUUUCGCAGGAUGGCCAAGGCGGUUGCGAAUCAGUUUUAUGCUGCCGUGAUAACUUUCGUCAUGAAGGAGUCAGAGACCGUCCCGGUCCGCCGGGUGUGUAACACUGGGGAUUUGGAUUUGCAGACGAUCAAUAGCAUGCAUAGUAGUGGGGGCAAGUGCCAUAAUAGUCACAAUGGCGGGAAAGGUGGUGCCUUUAGCUUCAGAUUAGGUUUUUUAAGUCGUUCUUCUUUGGAGGCUGAGCAAGUCUCCGCCGGCUGGCCCUUUUGGCUCAGCGCUGCCGCCGACGAGGCCAUAUACGGGUAG